UUUUGUUCUCUGCAGCAUGAUGGUCGAGAACGCAAGCAGGGGUGGUUCCUUGAUGAGAUACAAGUGACAAAUCCUCGCAAACCACAAACAUGGACGUUCCCUUGCUACCAGUGGCUGUCACUGUAUGAAAGUGAUUGUCAAGUGCGACGGAGUCUGAAACCUCUGGUUCAUAAAAAGGCUGAAAAAGUUGUUUAUGUGAUAGAAGUGUACACUGGUGACAAGGCAGGUGCAGGAACAGAUGCUCAUGUGUUUGUUACUUUGUAUGGCAAGACAGGACAGGCUCCUAAAACGCAGCUCAUCAGCAGGACUGAUGAUGCAUUUGAGCGCAAUAAAAAAGAUGUGUUCAAGAUUAAGACAACUGAUCUUGGGCUUCUGAAAAAAUUGAUUGUGGAGCAUGAUAAUUUUGGUUUUUCAGCUGGAUGGUUUCUAGACAAGAUAAUUGUGUAUUACCGUGAGAAAGAGGAACGUAAAUUCUACUUUCCAUGUAAUCAAUGGCUAGCUAAGGACGAAGGAGAUGGGCAGAUAGUGAGGCAGCUGACGGCAUCAACUGAUUCUUCAGCUGCAUUUCAAGGCCACCAGUACCUUGUUCACACCUUCACUGGUGACAAGAGGGGUGCUGGAACUGAUGCUAAUGUCGUCAUUACCAUAUUUGGGGAAGAGGGUGACUCAGGAGAGAAGAAGUUAGAUAAUGCCAGAAAUAACUUUGAACGUGGAAAGAAAGAUUCUUUUAAAGUAGUGUGUGGUACAUAUCUUGGACGACUGACCAAGAUAAGGAUUGGUCAUGAUAACAGUGGGCUUGGCCCUGGCUGGUUUUUAAACAAGGUAACUGUUGAGGAUCCCAAGACAGGGGACGCUGUUGAUUUUCCAUGCCGACGGUGGUUUGCCAAAAAUGAAGAUGAUGGCCAGAUCUCUCGUGAACUGAGCAGAGCAGAUGGCCAAGAUGGAGACAUGGUUACUGAUAAAGGAAUUCCGUAUCAUGUUCAUGUGACCACCGGAGAUGUCAGAAAUGCAUCUACCAAUGCACGUGUGUAUGUUAUCCUUCACGGGGGAGAAGAUGGUGAAAGAAAUAGUGGUAAACUUUGGUUACAAAACGAAGAGAAGGACAACUUUGAGAAAGGAAGAACAGAUAUUUUUACUGUAGAAACAACGGAAAUGCUAAGUCCUUUGCAUCAUUUGACAAUUGGGCAUGAUAACAGUGGACUUGGUUCAGGAUGGUACUGUGAAAAGGUUGUAGUUGACUGCCCAAGCAGUGGUCACCAGCAGGUGUUUUUAUGUCAGAAGUGGCUGGCUGAUGAUGAAGGCGACCAGUUGAUUGAGAGAGAUCUCUACGAGUCUGAAGACAUGAGGCUGAAAAGACGUCCAAAAACUGUUUGGAAUGUGUGGGUGUGGACCAGUGACAUGAGAGGCGCUGGAACAGAUGCUAAUGUUUUCAUGACAUUGUAUGGAGACAGAGGAAAGACAGAUGAAGAACCGCUUGGUAAUGCCACUGAUAACUUUGAACAAGGACAACUGGACAAGUUUAAGGUCUGUCAUUGUUUUAUCCCUGCUUUAGUUCACUGGUAUUUCGUUCUACAGUUUUCAAUUUCCCGAUAUAAAUGUGACUGUACCAUAAUUUGUUCCCUUAAGGGGCUGGUCAAGAAUGAAGUUAACCGUAGGUGUAUAUGUCAGUUAUAACUGUAAUCGGGUGUAACUGUGAAGCAAUGACCAUUUUAAGAACCUAAUUAAAUGUUAUGAAAAGCAGCAGCUAAGAGAAGUACGGAUGGUCCAAACCGGCUUCGAUUGAA